AUGCGGCCACGGCUUGCAAUAUUUUUGCUCGUCUUUUUGCUUGGAAAAGCUUUCGGCGACGAGCCAGAGACGACGGAACCACCGGAAGAAGAGGACCCAAAGAACCUCGACGACCCUCUCAUCUACGCGGCGUUCUCGUUGAGCCCGAAGCUCCGCCCGGACACUGAUGCUGAUGUCCGACUCGGCGUGCUCGCGCUCUACUACCGUCUGCACAAGAAGCACGUCCUCCGCGCCAUCGAAGGCUACGAAUACGGGUACCCGGACGGCGUCGGCUAUCGAUUCUACAAGGCAUACAGCGAUCGGGACGUCUGCGGCAUCCACUCGUCGAUGAAAAUGGAUAAAUGCAUCGAAACCCUCUACAACGUGAUCACCCACGAGCAACGGACCGGCAAUUCCUGGCUGCUCGCCAAGAAGAAUACAAGCAUCACUGGCGAAUUCAUGCGCGAAGCCCUCGACGAGCGGUGGAUGGAGCAGGACUUGACCGGCGGCCAAAUUCUUUGCCACAUGACGAUGCGCUUCGAGUUUAUGCGCGCGCCGAUCCCGUUCUGCGGCUACCGCACACUCGACUCCAAGGAGAUCAAGGAGGGCCAGCUUCCGGCCGCGUGGAACGCCGAAUUGCUCGAAACGCUGCAGUUUGACCGGAUGCCAGAAGACGGAAAUUGUGCCAUGCAUAGCUUUUGCCCCAACCCCUGUGACGAGAAGACGCCGCAGGGCCACUACGUGAUGAGCUGCCCGACCGCCGGCUCGAAAUGCGAGCUCAGCCCCGAGUUCAACUCUGACUUCAUCAUGAUGCGCCACAACGACUGGAACGAGACGUGCAACUGCCCGACGCACAAAGUUUACCAAAAAGAGGCCGGGACGUGUGUGCUCCAGAACUUUUGCCGGUUCCAUGAAUGCCCGGUGAAACAGGUCUGCAAAAACAAUGCAGACGGCCCGACGUGCAUUUGCCAGCUUGGAUAUUAUGAUGUGGAUGGAGAAUGUCUUCUGAUUGAGGAAAGACUGCUGGCAUGGGAUUCGCUCGCCGUCUCUGCCGCCCUCGGCCCGUCGACAAAUACAAUUUUCCUCUUAACUACCCUCUUUUACGCGCUUUCC